AUGCCCAUGGCGUCCCCCCAAACCCUGCUCCUCUGCCUGCUGGUCCUGGCGGUCACUGAAGGCCAGGGUCAACAGGCAGCCAUCCCAGGCUGCUACUUGCACCCCUUCAAUGUGACGGUGCGAAGUGACCGCCAAGGCACCUGCCAGGGCUCCCACGUGGCACAGGCCUGCGUGGGCCACUGCGAGUCCAGCGCCUUCCCUUCCCGUUACUCGGUGCUGGUGGCCAGUGGCUAUCGACAUAACAUCACCUCCGUCUCUCAGUGCUGCACCAUCAGCAGCCUGAGGAAGGUGAAGGUGCAGCUGCAUUGUGGGGGGGACCGGAGGGAGGAGCUGGAGAUCUUCACGGCCAGGGCCUGCCAGUGUGACAUGUGUCGCCUCUCGCGCUACUAGCCCAUCCUUCUCCCGCCACCCUCCCCUUGGUCAGAGGGUUUAAUGUUGGAGUAUAUCCUACAUAUCCUGAAC